AUGACUCCUCGGCCGCCGGACGCAUGGGGGAAAAAGCUCCCGUGGGGACUGGUGAUGGGGGCCAAGGCGUCGCUGCUGGCUGCUGCCACUCGUACUGCAGAGAUCUCUGGUCUGAAGGAGAACCUGGAGCGGGCCGAGGAAGAACUCGGCCUCGUGAAAAGGCAGCUGCAGGAUAGCCAAGGGGCCACGGCCGAGGUGGCAGCCCUCAAGAAGGCAUUAGUCGAGGCCGAGGACAAAGCGGCUAAGGAACGCACCGCGCGCGAGGAGCACGAGGCCCGGGUUAGCAAGGCCCAGCAAGAGCUCCAGGACGCCGUUGAGAAGUUCGAGUCCUUGGAGCGCGAUUUUAAGACGCAAAACUCCGAACUUGCGAAGGCCCGCGAGCGCGCACAGGAUGCCCGAGCCAAAGCCCAGAGCGCCCUCCAGGAAAUUCAGGCGGCCAAGGAGAUUGUAGCGGCAUAUCAGAUGCCAAGAAGCUGA